CCGCCAGUUUUGAUUGUUUGCUUCACCCUGUUUAGUCUUACUUGUGUCUUGUUGUCUCCCUUCACCUGAGUGUAUUUAGCAUGUGUGUUUCCCUUGUCUCUUUGUCAGAUCGUCAGCAUUUCCUUGUCAAGUGUCCCUGUCUUUGUUUCCUGAGUAUUAUGUUGGAUUAAUCUUUUGUUUCUCCUGAACCUUGCCUGAACUUUGGAUUUGGACUGCUCGGACAUCCGUCAGCUUGCUACCUGUCGGAUGUGUUUGCCUUUGUUUGGACUGCUCCCCUUACAUUGGUUUCAGGACGUGACUCUGCUGCCAUCUCUACAGAGGAACAACAGGCUCUGUGACAAAGGUUCCCACGACGCUGCCCAGGGGACCCCAAAUGUCGAAGCAGAAAUGUACGCUACAAGGAAAGUCAGAGAGGAAAUGGCUCUGGUUCCACAGCAACCCAGAGCAGAACCCAGGACUUUACCCAGGGAACCCAGCUUCCCCAGAACAACAUCCUUGCACAAAGCCUUGUCCAUCCAAAACCUGACCCAGAUUGAAACACCGUGGGAGAAUGUCACCCUCAACCGCUGUCUGUUUGUGGCCAUUACCAUCCUAGUGCUCACCUCAGGCUUUCAGAGGCUUCACGAAACUCUGCGCGGUCAGGGGACAGCAGAGGAGGAGGAAGAAGUUGGACUGACAGUGAGACGGUCGGGCACGUUACGACACAGAGGACAACCACCAGAGCCUGAGACAACUCUAUGGGAAGUCAUGUUUUGGUGGCUGCCAGACCUUGAUGAUGAAGAGGAUGAGGAGGAAGAUGAUGAUGAUGAUGAUGAUGAUGAUGGAGAAGUCAAAAGAGGAAAGUCAAAGAGAGGAGCAACAGCACGAGCAUCAAGAGGUCUCAGAAACAAGCCACUACCAGACAAAAAACUCAUGAAGCAAAGAGGAGGGAAAUUAAAGGACAGGAGAGCCAAGAAAUCAAAGGAUGAAGAAAUCAAAGACAAGACAGAAAGAGAAAAAACAGAGGACCCCGAAGAAACAGCAGGUGACGAAGAUGAGGAUGAAGGAAAUGAGCCAGUGCCGAAGGAUAAAAAGUUGAAGGAACAGAAAGAGAAGAAAAAAAUUCAAAAGGGAUGAGUUGAUUCUUUCUACUGUGGCAGACACCGAUUCAUUUUCUAAACAAUUUUCACCUGAAUUGAUUUGAUAACCUGUAUUAAAAGGUGGCAAUACUGAAUUCAAUAAUAGAUUUUCUCUGACAAAUCUUUCAAAUACCACAAGUGAGACUCAAAAACAACGUGGGCUUCCAGUUAAAUGACCAUACACCAUCAAUGUCAAUGAGUUACAGCUUUUUGUUGCUUUGCUAGACAAUUGUGAUUUUGUGUAAUGGAGCUUUGAAUUACCUGUAAAGACUUUCACAUUUUCAUUGAAUUUAUUGUGCAAACUACUUUAUUUUAAAUCUCUACAUGACUAUUUGAUUUCCUUUUGUGUUGAAAGAUCUACAACAUCUUUAAUAAAUUGCCUAUCAAUCAGCUUAGUUAAAUAUCAAUAGUAUGUAGCUAGAAGGGACUGAACAUGGCUAAACUAAAGAUCGAGACUGGGGGUUAUCAAUAAUUUGACCCACUUAGCCCU